UGACUUACUGCCCCGGCAGGCCGCCGUCAAACCUCCCCAUCUCUCCCCCCCGACCUCAGCGCUUUCGCCUUCUCCCCUUCCCCGUCCGCUCGCAGAGACACGUCUUAUCGCCCUCGGGUUUCCACGCCGUGUUUAUCGUUUACUCGCCCUAUCGCACAUUGCCCAUUUGACCAUCCCGACUAUGGCUUCCAGAGCGGCAGCAGGCGCCCGACCGGGAGAGUCCGCCGUUGGAAAGAGUUCGCUAGUACUAAGAUUCGUCAAGGAUCAAUUUGAUGACUACCGAGAGUCGACGAUCGGCGCUGCCUUCCUAACUCAGACCAUCUCCCUGGACGAAAGCACGACGGUCAAGUUUGAAAUAUGGGAUACCGCCGGUCAGGAGAGAUACAAGUCGCUGGCUCCGAUGUACUACCGGAAUGCGAACUGCGCAGUUGUUGUUUACGACAUCACACAAGCUUCGUCAUUGGAUAAAGCCAAGUCGUGGGUGAAGGAACUACAGCGCCAAGCGAACGAGAAUAUUGUCAUUGCCCUGGCCGGUAACAAGCUCGAUUUGGUCACCGAAAACCCCGACAAGCGUGCCAUCCCAGCUGCGGAUGCCGAAGCUUACGCUCGUGAAGCCGGAUUGCUCUUCUUUGAAACUUCCGCCAAAACGUCGUCGAAUGUGCGGGAUCUCUUUACAGCCAUCGCGAAGAAACUGCCCCUUGAUCAGGCCGGACCCCGGAACUUGCGGACAACUCCCCGUGCCGGUGUGGAUUUGCGGCCCGAGGCACCCGGCACCCAGGGCGCUGGCUCUUGCAACUGCUAGAUUGUCUAAUUCCCAGCCGAUUCUUGCGACAACUUGUAUCUUCUCUUGCCGUCCUCAUCUAUGCUUUCGUUCCACUUUGUCUCGAUGCAGAAGGUGCAUGUCUUCAGGCCUAGCCCCAGAUCGGUCUGCCAGACAACGUUUGUGCCGCCAUGAAUAACUUUCAACCAGACUGCCACGUGUUUUAAUGGUGUUGUGAUGAUCGUGAAUUAGGCCUU